AUGGCAUUGGCUUUCACAAUGCACGGCAGCGACGUCGUGGUACAAAAUGCCUGCUUUCAUCAGUCGGACGCCAUUCUGGCACAAAACCUUGUGGGUGCAAGUUCACGGCGGAAAGAGGCCCCCCGUCAUGAAACCAUCGGCACCUCCGCCAUCCUACCGCAGACAACGUUCACCGUCACCGCGGGAAGCCUGCCGGCCGACAUCUUCCGGAGCGGGACGGUGCCUACGGCUGGGAGAAAAGAGCGAGGAAGGGCGAGGGUGACGCCGGAGCAAAGCCGGCUGCAAAGCGUGGGUGGGGUUCGGGAGUGGCGCGGCAGGGGCCCGGGGGGGGGGGGGAGGGCCGAGCAAUGGGGACAAGGGGGAUGGGGCAGGGUUGGGGCGGGAGAUGCCAGGAGCACGUCCUUAUCAGGGAACAGCUCCUAUUGCGAUAAUAGAGUCAAGGUCUCGGCAGCUGACUUAUUCAUAUUGGUAUUUCCAUCCACGAGAUGGGAAAUUGUUCAUCUUUGGAUGAAUAGUUCUGAUUCUUGUGGAUGA